UUACCGUCAUUUGAAUUCAAGACAGUGGCAGGUUGGAAGUUAAAAAGUACAUACAUCGUUGUCCUAGGAAAUAUCUGACAAAUGUUUCUCCCACGCUGUGUUUUCUGAUUGUUUUCGCCAGUUUGACAGCUAAAUAUCUCGAAUCUCUUCACGGAAGAUAAACUUCCACAUUGUUUUCGAGACAUCUCCAAGUGAUGAUUUCAAUCUGAACAGUGACUCGGAUACCAACUUACACGACACCAAGUAAUCAUGUCGGUUGAUAUAAUUUAAUACCUCUACAGAUAGUUUGUGCGUGGUCAAUCUCAUACGUCCAUCUGAUCAGAGCCUCCAAGGCUGCACGUCUCCUCAAAGAUCACGCAAAAGAAAUGCGCUAAGUAGUCUUGUACUGGAGACCUGAACAGUAACAUCUCAGAAUGUCAGCCAGAUUAAUAUUCCUCAUCGUCUUGAGUGUUCCAGCGGUUACCCCUCAGUUCUCAUUUUCCAAACCAGCUUUCGUGGCACCUGCGAAAACAACCGCUACAUCUCCAGGUGCAAAGAAAUCCAAAAGCAGUACAUUUUCCAGUAUAGACACCCAGGACGUUAAAUCCAACAGUUUUGACCUCUCGGAAAGUGUAUCUCUCAUAGCAAGCGAGGAUAAUUCAGGGACGUUUACACUGGACAGCUGCAAGAGCCAAUGUUUGCAGGAGGACCUGUGUGCCGUCGCUGUACACUGUGAAGCAGAGGCUGGUGCACCUUGCAUACCGCCGGCCUGUAUGAGGUUUACCAUCAGGGGCAUGGGGCAUUGCUAUAUGUAUCAGAUGUCCAGCGCAGGAGCAGCAGCAUCGUCCAUCCAAGAUACAGAUACCUGCAACUUCAUGGUCUACCAUCCCAACUGUCGGAGUUCGGCGCCAACACUAGCUAAUGCGAACUCGAACCUCCGUGUGUUUAAGACUGGUGGCUUGGUAGAGGUGAAGUACGCCUGUAGACCUGGUCAUAUCGUUAAAACAUUUGGGUCAGCCGUCGCCACAUGUGACAAGAAUGGUGUAUGGAUUGAACCCACUGUUGUAUGUGACAGUGAGCGAACAUCCAACACCGGCCCCAGUUCCGGAGGGCUUGGACAGGGACCAAUGUUCAACAAAAAAACGAGAUAAAUCCAAUUGGCACUGAUGGCAGCGGUAGCGGAGAGGGAUCAGACGACGGCAGUGGCGAGACACCACCGUAGGCCCAGCAUGGACAUCUACACCACGGAGACGACCCGGAUGUAUCUGGAUGUUACUCUACAACUCUAUACCAUAUAUGUUAGGCAACAAGAUCACAAUUACAUUUCAGUUUCCCCGCAUGACCCGACGAUAAUGUUAGAAUUGCAUCAAAUAUAUUUGUAUCAUUUUUGUGACAAAAUAUUUCAAGGUAACAACACCAACAAAUGUAAUCAAAAGAAACACAACUCUCGCGAGAGAUCUUUCUACAACUUGGUUUAAAGAUUGUUAAACAACCAACAGAGAAAUAUUCUUUUAUCUGUCUAAGUAAACUUAGGCUCAGUAUUAUUCGCUACACUGCUAUUCAGUAUAGCAGUGUCACGAAUAAUACUGAGCUUAAGUUUACUUAGACUGAUUCUUUUAUGGACCCAUACAUAACUAACCGUCGUCAUAACGUACCUAUCCCUUAACAGCGAACAAAGACAAUCAAAAUUAAUAGAUGUUUUUAAUAUUUGGCAUCUUCAAAAUGAAACAUUGCAUGCACGCACACGCACGCACGAACACGCACACACGCACAUCUUAGCUCGUCUGCCACAUGGCAUGCAUGAACAUACACACGGCUGCAUCUCAGCUCGUCUGUCACGUAACACCGGGUAAAGUAACUAAUAUCAACCGACGAUCCGACAAGCCGCAUCUAACAGUACAGAGAAUCCUUUACACUUGACCUCAGCAACAGAAGUAUCGGUCUGGUCAAAAUCAUGAAGCAAGGUUUCGAAUUAGUGUCCCUAAAGUGAUAUUACACGGAAAAACUCAUUUCAACUCAUUAAACUUCACAGAAAUACUUAAGUGAGUUAGUUACACAUUCAACACGCCGUUUGUCAGCUGACAGCUAUGACAUGUGAUGCAUGUUUAUAUAAAGGAUCUCCUGCUACUUGGCAAGUUAAACCGGUGAUUAAACGCUUACUAACCUAUUGCCAUGACAUUUAGUAUUAAUACCAAGCAUUUGGAGAAGAGGCUGUGCAAAUAAUAAAAAAACUCUUGUCAA